AUGGAUCCUAAUAAAAAACAAGAAUGUCGAUUUGGUGCACCAUUUAUGCCUACAAAAAAAACUAUUAAUUUGAUACCUAUGAAAAACACUGAUCCCGAUUACUCAGAAGCACUUUUCAAAGAAUAUAAGGAACGAUUUAAAUUUAUAAAAAAUAAUCUCGAAAAUAUUGACUAUACGGAUUUUGAUGAAUUUUACUCGCAUAAUGGUAUUAUUUCUGAUGAUCAUUACUACAAUAUUAUUCGUGCUGGUAUCAGUAGACCAAAAUUAUUCUAUAAAAGGACACCAGCAGAAAAAUGGCACAACACUUUCAAUCCAUUCGUAUUACAUCAUUUGAAAUCCAACAUGGAUUUUCAGAUUAUACUAGAUGAAUAUGCUUGUGCAACAUAUGUUGUUGAAUAUGUCAAUAAGCAUAAUAGAGGGAUUAGUAAUUUGCAAAGACAAAUAAUUGAUAUAAUGGACGAGCAUCCAGAAUUCGACAUUGUCGAUAUCACGAAAAAAAUGAGUAUUGACAUACUUCAGUCUUUUAAAAUGCCGGCACAAGAAGCUGCUUGGUAUUUAUUAAGAGAACCUAUGGCUAAGUCAUCGGUGGUGUCAGUCUACAUUCCAACGGUAUUUCCUACUGAACGCGCAAGAAUUAGAAAAUCUAUGAAGGAGCUUGAAGCUUUAGAUGAUGAUUGUACGAACAUUUGGAAAGAGAAUUGGCUUGAUAAAUAUGAGAAAAGACCUGAAGAACUCCGCGAUGUUACGUUAGCACAAUUUGUUGCAAAAUAUUACCUAAAUACAAAGGGGACUUACACUAAAAGAGAUACUGCAAGAAUAAUAAGAUACAGGAACUACGAUAUGGCUGACAAUUACAACGAUUAUAGGCGUGAGAUGGUUCUGUUGCAUGUUCCUUUUCAAAGUGAAGAAAAUGAUAUUAUUGCUGAAAAUAAGUUCAUUCAAAUAUACGAGGACAACAAAGAUACGAUAUUAGAACGUAGGAAAGAAUUUGAAUCAAAUUUGGACAUAGAGAAAACUUUAGAAAUUUGUAGACAGUUGUGCCGAGAAAACGAUGAAGAACAAGAAGACGAAGAAUUAUUAAGAGCGGUUGAUAUAUUGCAUGUAAGAGAUCCUUAUGACUUAUUGCUACGUGAUCCAAACUCAACUGCUAAUGUUGAUUUACAAAAUGCAUCUCUGCAUAAACUUGGCGCUGUAGCUAAAAAAAGAGAAAAUUUAAUGGAUUAUCAACAAUUCUAUAAUUUAAUGCGGAUGGCCAAUGAUCAACAAAGAGAUAUUCUUAUGACUAUAAUUCAUCAUUUACAAACUUCAAUUCAAGAACCAUUUCAAAUUUUUGUUACGGGACCAGCAGCUCUUGCUUUAACUAUACAUAAGUCGCAAGGUGGAACUUUUGACGAAAUGGUAUAUGAGUAUAGUAAAGCACAUUCUCAGGAACUCGUUUAUGUUGCGCUCUCUCGGGUGACUAAUAUUGAAAAAUUGUAUAUCACGACAAAAAACGAUAAUUAUACAUUCAAGUUUUAUCAUAAUCGAAAGCAAGCUGCAUCGACUGCAUCUUUGUUGCAAGAAUUCAAAAGACUGUCUUUAAAUAGUGUUCAGACGGUAGCUCAAAGUGUAUUAGAUUUCAUUAGUAAUGGAAAUGGCAUUUCAAUAAUGACUUUCAACUGCCAAAGUCUAAAUAGUCAUAAAUACGAUUUACAAGAUUCAGUUACGAGACAAACAAAUGUGUUACUUCUUACCGAAACUUGCAUGACGCAUGAUAAUCCGAUUGAAAUACCUAAUUUUAAUUGUAUUGUUCAGUUCAAACGAGAUACUGUUCCAAAAGGUGGGGUAGCUAUUUACCAAAAUAAAAAUAAUAUUACUAAUAUUAUGACUCCGAAUAUUGAAAUAAAUAUUGCACACGUUAGCGAUGUUAAUGUUAGGCGCUCAGUAGUUGGAGAUAUUUGUGCGUGCCUAUGCAAACUUAUAAAUGGCCUACAAAUAGUUAUGGUUGCAAUUUACAUUUCUCCGAAUCCAAAAUUGGACGAGGUAGAGCAUUUGCGCCCCUUUCUUAUUCAUCGCACUUUACUGGAGUACACUGAAGAAGGGUCGAAAAUACUUGGUACAAAUGGUAAUAAAAUUCCACUUAUCUUGGCUGGCGAUUUCAACAUUAACUUCGCUGAUAGAAAAUCAGAGCGGUUGACAACUUUUCUAUCAAAAAUAUUGAAUUUGAAAAUGAAUAAUAAUCCACAAGAGUCCACAACAAAAUAUGGGACCACCAUUGACGCGGUAUUUUCUAGAACACCAUACAAAGCUCUUUUUGGGGUGGAUCCCCAAAUUGGUUUGUUAUCACAAGUGCCUGCUGAUUUGCUUAGUAAACUAAGAACUAAAGAAGAUCUUAGAAAGAUAUUAAAUCAACAACAAUCUUGUUCAUCGGCAACACCUGCACAUAAUGACGAAUUACCUGUUGACUAUGUUAACUUGCAGCAAUCAUUCUGUUCAUGGGCGUCACAACCGUCAUCUUCAUCAGCAGCACCAGAGCCUAUUGAAACCUGCGACCGUGACUUACCUAUCGCGUCUGUUAACUUGCAACAACCGUCAUCUUCAUCAGCAGCGCCAGCGCCUAUUGAAACCUGA